AUGUCCAUCAUGCAACGCGCCAGUCCAAACACGAAAGGCUCGCGACGUGCAUCCCUCAAUCCUCUACUCGAGGCACCCACCUUCUCACACGGUCCACAAGACAUUCAGCAGCAGCAACAAGCAAAAACAUGUCAGUCAGAAGUUCCAGUCCACGGGCACGCACCCACACGAUAUCGACCAUGCCACUGCUCACAUGCCCUCGACCGCUUGUUCGAUGACCACCUGAGUCCCUUCAAGCCGGCGACCGAAGACAUAUGA